AUCUCCCUUCGACUUUGUUUCGGCCAAGAAUUGGCCAACAAGGAACGAGGAAAGGAGAAGUGGACACCCGCAACAACAAGAACCGCGAAUCGCCUUGGCUUGCAUGGAGUGUCGUCUUGCAAAGACGAGGUGCUCCUUUCGAACCGCGUCUAGAGAUGCAUCUCCGGUCGGCACAUGCGACCGGUGCAGGCGACACCAUUUUCGAUGCGUCUUUGUGGAAGCCAAGCGGGGUCGUAAACCAAAGAGCAAACUUCCUCGAUUGUCGCAGGAGCUGGAGUCGGCUCAGGCGACAGCUUCACCGACGCCUGCGUUCGUAUUCGAGGGGGAGCAAGUACUGCCGUACGACGACCUCAUCAUCAAUCGAUCCGUCACCCUUGGUGACUUGUUGAGACCUCUGUCUAGCCCUUCGUCUUCCUACGGUGGCAGCGAUGACAGCAUCAAAUGCAACGGCAGUAGCAACGGCAACGACAGCGCAGAUGACCCUGUCACCUCUGGCAUCCUCAGCGAAGAAGCCGCUCGAGCGUUGUUCGACUUCUUCAUGGAGCACAUGACCCGCUGGUCCAAUCUCCUCGACCGAAGGCUACACACACACGACUUUGUGCGACGGCGAUCAGUCUUUUUAUAUGUUGCCAUCCUAUCCACCGCCUCCAAGUUUUCGCUAGACCCCUCCGACCCGCAAACAACGCGCUGGUGCGCCGGUCUCAGCGCAGAGCCACCGGCCUUUAUCCGUCGCAAUACAGCACCAAUCGCGGGUGGUGGGCGAGUGCGCCAGCUGCUCUACGUCCUCUGCCAGGAUCUUGCCGCCCGGACGUUUGCCGAUGGAGAGGAAAGGAGCGUCGAGUGCUGCCAGGCAUUUAUUCUAACGAGCUGCUGGCGGUCUUUGCAUGACGGCGUCAGUGCGCUGCAAUUUGGCUUUGCCCUGCGACUGGGCUGUGAUCUCCGAUUGGAUGCCGAAGCCCCACCUGACGCUACUGCGCCCGAUGCAGAGACGCAACAGGCCUGGAAAUGGGGAUUCCGCAACCGCCAACGCACCUUUCUCGUCCUCUUUAUCAUGGACAAGGCGCAGCAGAUUGUCAACGACCUCGACACGCGUGCGAUUCCCUACACGCACAAGCUGCUUUCGCAGUCAGCCGAGUGGCGCACAGGGCAGGAGACAGCGACGGGCGACGGCCUUCUCUGCGCCUGCGUCGAAUUCCGCAAGGUGCAAGAUAAAUACGUAUCGCUACUGCGCGAUCUGGGCCAUGCCACGUACAGCACGUCGUCGGCGCGGGCGAAGCGCUCCUGGCUGCUCGAAGCCAUCCUCGCCGACCUCAAUGACUGCGAACAGCGCUGGCGAGCUGCCGUGGCCGUGAGUGAGCACCAACAACCUUCGAUGGACAUUCCAGUCGCCCUUCGAAUGAUUCAGUUCUGGAGAAACAGCAUCGCGCUGCACCUGUGCUGCUCGCUGCUUGCCUCGCAACGGGACGAGCUGUCGGACUUGGCGUCUGCUGACAGCCCUCAUUCACCCCCUGCCGUCUCCGCCGCUAGCUCCAACUCCAGAGCAAGCCGGGUAUUGCGCUUCUGGGCUGCUCGAAGGAGGGGCUUGCGAGGAACCCGUAGCGGUGAGGAGGACGACAACGCCCUCGGCUUCAUAAUCCCUCCGCUCCUGCAGCAGUAUGUGACGCACGGUACCUCUGACGUGGACUCGGUCUUGGUUUUCCACUGCACCGCGUCGGCACAGGGUGUCUUGGAAGCGCUCAGCUCCCUGCCGCCGCAGCGUCUACGCACGACACCCGAUCCGACGAUUUUACAGUGCCUUCACGCUGCCACCGUCGUCGUCAGUGCUGCCUUGACGUCGAUCCCCAUUCGACGCCAGGGAGGCAACAGUUGGACGCCACCGUUGGCCGCCUCGGGCCCAGGCCCCUCGACGGCACAGAGCGACUUCGCUGGCACCGUGUACAUGCUCAUCACCACGAUGAGAGACAGUUGCACUCGUGCCAGCCUGUCGCCAGAAGAUACCGUGCAUCACAUUGCUCAGUACAUGACCAGUUUAUUAGAUUACAUGCGCGAGACGGAAUGAAAUCCUGUGAAAGCGGCG